UUUCACAUUUCCUCCAUUGUGUCCCAAGGUUUGAACUGCAUAUAAUUCAGGACAAUGAAAGACAUAUUUUUUGGUACACAUUCCUCCACAUUUCCUUCAGUUAUUCUUGAUAUCUAAUGAGCUCUGCUUUUGUGUGUGGUCAAGCAUUCUUCGUCUUCUUCCUCCUCCUCAUCGAGUUCUGAUUCCUCCAGCAGCUCGUCAUCCGAGUCUGAAGAUGAGAAAAGCACGAGGAAGAAACGGAAAAGAAAGCGAUCCUCGGCACGGAAAGCGUCGGACGAAUCUGAUGCAGAGUCAGAAACAGACAGCAAGGAGGUGAUAAAACAACAUGGCCUGGAUAACAGAUCAGCUGCAAGACGAUUCACAGAAGGAGGCUCCGGUGUCAGUGCUUUGUAACAGUUAGAGGAAUCAUCCAAGAAGAAAAAGAAAAAACUCAGGGAGGAGGGAGAGAAAGAUAAGGAGGAAAAGGGCAAAAAGGAUGAGUCUGAAUUAGACGAUGAUGGUGAAUCCAGAAAGAAAAAACGGAGUAGUGAAGAGAAGGAGAAGAGCACAGACAAAUCAAAGAAAAAGAAGAAGCGGAAGCAUAAAAAACACAGCAAGAAGAAAAAGAAGAAGAGCUCAGGAUCGGACUAGACAAGAGUUCAGGAGUGUGGCAUCCUGACUGAACUGAACAUGAUUGGAGCCCUUCCCCUGUCGCUGGAAAACCUGACUGAUGUCUGCCAGUGGGACUGUGAAAGCUGCUCGAAUGUAGCAGUGUAUCUUCCUGCUUAAGCAGGGUGGUGAUUGUGUGGAUGGAUAGAUGGAUGGAUGGAUUUGUUUUGUUUUGUGUUAGGUAACCGAGAGGGGUUGUGAGCUUGAAUACAUUUUUUUUUUAAUUAUUUUAAUUUUUUUUUUGCUUGAGUUUUUUUAAGCAGAAGUUUGUGUCCCCAAUAAAGAGCUGUUAUAACAUUAGAUAACUGUUUUGUUGCUCAUGAAGAUUUUAAAGGAACACUUUGUACUAGGGCUGGGCGAUAUGGCUGAAAACUGUAUCACGAUAUCAGUGUUUCAUAUCAGUCGAUAUUGAUAAUUAUUGGUAUCUUUUGUGUCCCGUUUAAAAUAAGGACUAGGAGAAAAAUCUAUUACAUUUAAACAUUUUUAUUUUAAACUUAUCCAAAAAAACUGCUAUACUGGCGAGCUGAGUUUUUCUCUUUUAUUUACAAUUUCUUCGCUCGCUGCGUGCGGCUCAUAUUCUGCUUAUCAGUUGCCAGUUACUGAAAAGGAAUCCAACAGACCAGCACGAGACAGUGAUAUGGCGCAGCCAAACUUGAUACUGUUACUGUUCUUCCGACUAAGAAUAAAAAAUAUCAAACGUUUUAUCAAACACUUUUUAUUGAUAUCGAUCAUGUCUCUAUCACGAUACAUAUCGUUAUCAUUUUAUCGCCCAGCCCUACUUUGUACAUUACUACUUGGAAGGUGACUUGCUCUUGCAAUGAAACUACACUUUGUGACAUGAUGCUGAACAGUGAAACUGGAGAUAUAUACAGCAGCCUGAAUCAAAAAAAAAAAAUCACAACGGACUGGUAAUAUUGUGACUUUUUUUAAAGAGGCACUGAAAGUCUAGAAUUAUCCUCAGGUAUCAAAAUUUAAGACUGCACCUUUAAGGAGCAGCUAUGAACAGACAGACUUGAAUCUGUCUUAUCAGUAUAUAUUAAGAAAAGCAGUUGUGAUACUGUUAAUGUUCUAAGCAGUGAGUUUUAACUUUAUAAGAGUCAUGCUUCAAAUGAACUUACUUCUUAUUUACUGAUUAUUCUGAUUUACUCACAGAAAAACAGAAAAUACCCCUGCACUUUUAUUUGUUAUUUUACUGGGUUACUAUAAAAUGGAUUAAAUUUCUUUUAAUCUCAUUAAUUUGUCAUCUCGUAUAUAGUCAGCUCAAGAAUUAUUGGUAAAAAUAAGUCUUAUGAUAAAAUAUUUUUGUGAUUAUUUAUCUUAAUCUUCCUACAUUUGUACAAAAAUGUGUAUAGUUUUAUGUUCUGCUCUGCAACGUAGAACAGGAUGCAGCUGAAGGACAGAAAUAUUAAUUUGAGAUAAACAUUUGGAGGUUUUUUGCUGUCUUUAAUAUACAACAUUUUACUUCUCAUAUUUUAAGUUGCUGUUUAUUUGGUAAAAUUUCAGCCAUGGUGUUGAUGUGAUUGUUCUGUCUUCUGAGGCCCAUAAUGUAUAAUUAACAAAACCUCACAGACGGAGAAGUCUCAAACAGUCCAAAGGUUAGUUGAACAGUAAACAGGAUUAUCAGGGGCAAGACAGGUUAACGGCAGAAUAUCCAGGAGAGGACAAACAUUUAAGGGUCAAUCAAGUAUGGAAACUGGUCACACACAGGGAAGACAAAUUAUAUAUUCACUUCUCACAAAUGCUUAUCUAAUCAACAGCAAUGUCCUCCCUCGAGGCUUCCCCAUCUUGUCGUGGCUUCCUGCUGUCCUGCACCUGUUUCAACUGAACAACUAUUUACACAGUCUUCCUUAAAUGGAACUGGUGUAUUAAACUGGGAAAAUACCAUCUAUGUAUCACUAUGUGCAGAACAGAGGGCACUACAGGGCAAGGGUUAGGAACCUGUAUUGACCUUUAUCCAAGGAGGCAGCUAAAGCUUAACAAGCAUUUUGUGACCUCUUGUGGUCAUAAGGAGAACUGCAUGUAGCGACUAGUCGACACCUGAAGAAGUAUGUAACCUGAAUCAGGCUUGGUGUAGUAACGAUACAGUAACAGGUUUUUCAAAAAAUCCAAAGGUCACAGGCCUAUUUUGUCUUAAAAAAGGUUUGUGUAUUACUCUGAAAUUUUAACAUCCAUUUAAUAAACAGUGAGUCUCCUUAUUUAACAAAGUAAUAGUAAUAAUAAUAAGAUCUGAUCUCACCCAUUGAGUCUGAUGUUUCCAUGGGACCCUUAAAUAAAACCAGUUUGCAGUUUAAUUUUUUUGCACUCAUGCAAAUUAUAAAUGUGUUAUUACUGUAUUAUUGUUAUGGCAUCUUGUUUACUGAGAGAUGAUUCUUCCUUUUUUUCAUAUCCCAUUAUCAGUCACAGGAACAGACACGUGUUAACUAUUUUAGGUCGCACAUGUUUAUGUGGUAACUCUGCAGGAGCAUUAUUUCCGUCCUUGAACCUAGUAUGGGUGCAGGUGAAAUUUUGCAUAUCCUUGUGCAAAUUCUAUGUGUGUGUGGCUCAGUAAGGAUCAGAUAUAAACACUGGUAUCUACCCUAUGGCUAUGUGACAUUAUUAUAUUCCACUUUUCAACAAACAGGUGCAUUUCUAAGAAAAAUAUUGCUGUAAUCCCAUCCAUCGUGCCUGAGCUGUGUGUUUCAGCAGGGGACUGUUUUGUUAUAUCUUGUCCUGGAGGAGGUGGUGGCUUUUCUAAGCCUCUGCCAGGUGUACGCUCUCCUCCUGCUGUCCCAGGGGAGGAGGGGCCUGGCGCUCCUCUCAUUUCCCUGGCAAAUGCUGUCACCAGUUCCCCCUUCUAGUCACAAGUCAGACAGAUCUCUGGAACACAAGCAGCUAGCAGACAUGGGAUCUGUGGCAGCCGUCAUGAAUCUGCUCCUGUGUGCCAUGCCGCUCAUCUCAGGUGCUAACACUGAGCUCAUAUCUGUGCCAUCACUCGUGAAUGGGAUCAAGGGCAAACCACUCUAUGUGACGGUGGAAAAACAUUUUAAUGAAGAAGAAGCGCAGUUCCAGGGCACCUGGUUUCAGAUCAGUCCUAAUAUCAGUCAUCUGGUGACUUUUGAUAACAGCAAAGUGAUCCAUGACAUGGUCCUGAAGGAAACAUUGGAGCGUAUCAUUCCGUCUAACAUCUCUCUGAACUUCACAUCUUUGAGUGAAGCAGAUGAGGGAGACUACCAGCUAAAAAUCAACAUCAUCUUCAAUGGUCAGAAAGAAUCAGAGACUGUUAUCAAGCAUGUGAAGAUUACAGUGAAUGUGCCUCUUUCCAUCCCUGUGGUUAAAACAAGCCACAAAGUCACACCAGUGGAAGACCAUGACAAUGUUACUUUGACCUGCACUGUGGAGAAUGGAACUAAGCCUAAGUUUCAGUGGUUCAGAAACAACUUUCCGGUCAAACUAAGCAAGCGCCAUGUCUUCAUGCAGGACAACAGUAUUCUACACAUUAGUCCAGUGAAGAAGCAAGACAUUGGCGCAUACAGCUGUACGGUUAAAAACCCCAUCAGCCAUUUCCGCAGUGAAGACAUGGAGCUCAGUGUGUGCUAUGGCCCCUACAACCUGGAAGUGAACUGUGAACAGGGUCUGAAAAUUGGCGAGGUGUUCACUGUAAAUAAAGGCGAGAUGGUGUUUUUCGACUGCCUGGCCGACUCAAACCCUCCCAACACCUGCGUGUGGAUUUCAAGAAAUGACAACAGUACAGAAGUGCUCAUGACCGGCCCUCGCUUUGAACUGGCUUCUCACAAUCUAGGCCAUGCCACGAACUUCUUAUGCAGAGCUUUUAACAACGUUACCAAAAAACAGGAUGAGACCCAGUUCACGAUUGUAGUGGCCAAUCUUGGCAAAGAAAGAGAAAAUCUUGUCCAGGAGGAAACUGCAGUGUCUUCUUUAGCCGUCAUCACCAUCUUCUCAUUGAUCGUUAUUGUCUGCAUGUUAAUUGUGAUCUUCUGGAAGUCCUGCCAUCCAUCAAAAGCAUUCAUGAAAAUUUACGGCAGGCCUAUCCCAGAACAGAAAGGAUUACAUCGCUCAGGCCAUGAGGAUGCUACUGAAGAUUUUGGCAUCUAUGAGUUUGUUUCCAUACCUGGGAAAAUGGAGUCCAGGCAGGCAUCGUGCAGAUCUCUGACACGGCUCGAUUCAGCCAGAGAUUUGCAUACCACCAUCUAUGAUGUCAUCAAGCAUGUUCCUGAAACUCCAACACUGAGUCUGAUGAAGUGAGAAACAGGUUCAACAGAAACAAGUAGGAUUCAGGAAAGUGUUUCUGCAAGGACUCGAAAAAGAGAAAAGAAAAAAAAAAACAACAAAAAAAUUCACUGGCGAUGCUGGUCAAUGCCAUCCUUUCAUUAUUUCUUCCUAUCAUCACUUGAAUAUGGUUUGACUCUUUUAAUAUUUUAUGAUAUAAAGCCCUUAAUGAAUCAUACCUAUAAUCCAAUGAUACAGAAAGGUGAUAUUUUGAGGUGAUAUUUUUUAUUUAUUGAAAACAUACUUCACCAGGGUUUUUGUAUAUAGCUUUUCUUGGUUUUUGUUACCGUUCAUUUUUUUUUGCAUUGACAUUCAGCUUUAGUGGUAUUACUGGAUAUCUGAAAAGCUUUAAUAAUUAAGAUGUGAUUUCGAUAUCUGUUUAUACGUUACCAGCUUAAUUGAUACCUAAGAGUAUUUAUAUAUUUAUACAGCAAUAUCAAAUUCAGACUAGCCACUGCUUCAUCUGUCCUGCAUGUAAAUAUAUGCUUUUUUUUUUUUUUUUUUAAUUCUAAUACUGUAUUUUUGCACACUGCAGUGACAUUAUAUCUGUGGUAUAUGUCAUAGAAUUCAGAUAUGCUCUGUAUAUUACAUUUCACGUGCAAAUUGUUGCAAAUAUUCACAGCGUAUAAGAAUAAAAUGCUCUUUAUUUUGAAAAUAAAGAUUUAUUCCAGU